AUGCGUUACUUCCCAUUGACUCCACGCCUAAAGCGUAUGUACAACUCAAGAUACACUGCGCAAUAUAUGACCUGGCAUGCAACUGGACAAUGUACAGAAGAUGGUAAGAUGCGUCACCCGGUGGACGGUACAACAUGGAAAGACUUUGAUAUAAGGUAUCCAGAUUUUGCCAAUGAAUCUAGAAAUGUUAGAUUAGGGUUGGCUGCCGACGGUUUCAAUCCAUUUGGCAACAUGAGUGUCUCCUAUAGCAUGUGGCCGGUGAUAUUGACAACAUAUAAUACUCCCCCUUGGAUGUGCAUGAAAGAGUCUUCGUUCAUGCUCACUUUGUUAAUUCCUGGGCCUAAAUCACCUGGGCAGGACAUGGAUGUUUUUUUGAGGCCAUUAAUUGAAGAGUUGAAAAGUUUAUGGUCUCACGGAGUCAAAACAAACGAUGCCGCCACAAACACUUCUUUCACAAUGCGUGCUAUGCUUUUGUGGACCAUUAAUGAUUUCCCUACUCGUAGUAGUUUGUCGGGUUGGAGUGGCCAAGGGUACAUGGCAUGCCCUACAUGUAAUGUCGACACUCCAUCUACUCGUGUUAAGGGCAAAACAGCUUAUGUUGGUCAUAGAAUAUUCCUUCCAACAAAUCAUCGUUGGAGGAAUAACAAGAAUUUUGAUGGUAAGGUUGAAAAGAGAGAACCUCCAAAAAGAAAAACCAAUGCUGAAAUCUUAGAAGAAGUUAAUAACUUGCCAGUUCGUCCUUCGGGGAAACUUGCGGGUAGGAAGAGAAAACGUGAUCCAAAUGUUGAAUUCAAUUGGAGUAAGCGUUCUAUUUUCUUCGAGCUUGAAUAUUGGUCUUCACUUCAGCUAAAACACAACUUAGAUGUCAUGCAUAUCGAGAAAAAUGUUUGUGAGAGCUUGUUGAAUACUUUGUUGAUGCACAAGGAAAAAUCAAAAGACACUGACAAGGCACGGAGGGUGUUAGAAGAGUGGGGAAUCCGCCCUGAGUUGUGGCUCGUAGAUAAAGGUAAUGGUAAGUUUUUGAAGCCUCAUCCUAAGUACUCGUUUUCAAAUGACGACAGAACUCUCUUUUGUCAAUUCAUUAAGGGAGUUAAAUUACCUGAUAGCUUUGGCUCAAACUUUAAAAAUAAAGUAAUCGACAACGAUAGCAAAAUAGCAGGGUUGAAGUCUCAUGACCAUCAUAUAAUGAUGCAACGGUUGCUUCCGACCGGUGUUCGAGCGUACUUAGACUCUGACAUCUCUACCCCAAUAAUCGAGCUUUGCUACUUCUUUAAGCAACUUUGUGCUCGAACCUUGAUGGUAUCUGACAUGGAAAAAGCUAAAGAAAAGCUCAUCCAAAUUUUGUGUCAUUUCGAGCUAAUAUUUCCUCCGUCAUUUUUUGACAUAAUGAUUAAUCUGGUUAUGCAUUUGCCCGAAGAGGCCAUUCAAGGUGGGACUGUUUACAUGCGGUGGAUGUAUCCAUUUGAAAGAUACAUGAAAAAGUUGAAGAAUUAUGUCAGAAAUAAAGCGAGGCCUGAGGGUUCUAUUGUUGAGGGAUAUGUUGCAGACGAAGCCGCCACUUUUUGUUGA